AUGGCAGCAAGACCAUACGAAAAUAAGCUGGCCAUUGUCACCGGCGGCUCACGAGGCAUCGGAGAAGCUGUAGCAAGAAGAUUAGCCGCCAAAGGCGCCAACGUCCUCGUAGCAUACACAUCCGAGUCCUCCAAAGCACCGACCCAAGCCCUCGUCACGCACCUCUCUACAACACACAACAUCAAAAGCGCCUCCGUGCAAGCCGACCUCUCCAACCCAUCCGCAGCAGCACCGCAAAUCCUCACAGCCGCCCAGGCCCUCUUCCAAUCCUACAACAAAGGCCCCUUCCAGAUCGACAUGCUCAUCAACAACGCCGGCGUAGCAUCCAACCAACACCUCAACGACGAGACAGCCGGCGCCAUCACCGCCGCCGAAUUCAACCGCGUGUACACCGUCAACGUGCUCGCUCCUCUGCUGCUGACGCAAGCCGUGGCCCCGUUCCUGCCGACAGACCGGUCCGGACGCAUCGUCAGCGUCUCGAGCGUCAGCUCGUCCAUCGGAUACCAAGGACAGUCCGUGUACGCGGGCAGCAAGGCCGCCGUGGAGGCCAUGACACGCACCUGGAGCAGGGAGCUGGCGGAGCGGGCGACGGUGAAUGCGGUGAAUCCCGGCCCCGCAUGGGGCGACAUGUAUGCCCAGGCGGGGGACACGUUCUGGAAAAUCAACCAGCCGUAUGUGGAUGCGGCGCCGUUGACGGCGUAUAAUGGCGAGAGGGAGGUGUUGGAGUUGGUGGGCGAGAGGGACGCGGAGAGGUUUGAUAGGACGGUGAGGGAGGGCAUGGGCGGUAGGCGGCCGGGCUUUACGGAUGAGAUUGCUGGGACGAUUGAUAUGUUGUGUUCGAGGGAGGCGGGCUGGACUACGGGGAGUGUGGUUUGUGCGAACGGUGGUAUGAAGAUGUCUAUUGCUUAG